GAGAAGGCCUUGCAACCCGCAGGCCUAAGCGACAAGGACAAGAAGAAGCUAAACAAGUUGCUGCUGGGAGGCCGCACUUUGAAGCUACUGGAGGACUUUCCCCCCGACAUUCCUUCUAUCUUAGUUGUUUGGACAGCGAACGCUGACGACAGAGAUGCUGUUCAUGCCUUGCUCGCAGGAUAUCAGCCCGAAGCGAGGGAGGCUGCUGUCACAGAGGUGAUGCGGGACCGCAUUGUUGAUAAGAAAACUCGAGCUAAUCUAGAGAAAGGACCGCAUGAGAAUAUUGCGGUUGUCGAGAUCUCAGACCUGCUCGCUUACUUGCUGACUGGCGAGGGAAAGGAUUUUACACAGGCGGUGGAUGACUUGCUGGUGGAACAGGUUGAUAAAACUAAAGCGGCUCUACGGGAACGCAUUCGCACCGUCCUCGGCCACUGUGAGAGCGGCACCGACAAGAUCUCCAAGAUUGGAAAUGACCCCUCGCGGAGCUUUCGAAUGACCAUCAGCAAGCCGAUGUCACACGCUACAGGAACGUCCAGCUGGCUACCGUGUUGUAGAUGGCGGUUCAGUGGCGAUCCGCGCAAGAAAGAUACCCAGUCAAAAGUUCCGACAGGUGACAAAGCGUCUUCAACAGCUGACAAAGAGUCUUCAACAGGUGACAACGCGUCUUUGACAGGUGACAAAGAGUCUUCAACAGGUGACAACGCGUCUUCGACAGGUGACAAAGAGUCUUCAACAGGUGACAAAGCGUCUUCAACAGGUGACGAUGCGUCUUCGACAGGUGAGAAAGCGUCUUCUGCACUGAACUUGGGAUGCCAGAACCUGUUCUACGUCCCGAAAGUGCAGGCAUCCCUGCGACAGCUUUGCAUACCCAUGCGAGCAGUACGCAGAAAUAAAGUUCUGAAGGCGCUGGCGGAUACUCCCAACGAAGAGACCUUGGACUCAGAUACCCGGCUUAUCGCGGAUACCGUGGAGGCAAUCGUGUCAGCGGCAUGGCUGCAGCUGCGAUUGUUUACCGCCCUGGAUGCUGGGCUCUGCAUGCUGGCAGUGUUUUGCUUGUGUCUGGUAACGUAUUCAUGUGGUUUUGGCGCUGCCAUCUAUGGUCAGCUGCGGAUCACCAAAGACACCCGAUACACUGACAGCCUUCAGGCCAUGGCAUUAAAAGUCCCGCAUGUGGAUUCCGAAGUCAAGGGCCUUUGA